AUGCAUUCCACUCUCAUCAAGUCGGCAGCCGUGCUGCUCGCCGCAGCCAUGCCCAUGGUCUCUGCCCAGACCUCCACCACCUGCAACCCGCUUGAAAAGACCUGCCCCGAGGACUCUGGCAUGGGUGCUACCUUGAGCUCCGACUUCACUGCCGGUGCUUCCGACGACUGGACCGUUACCAACGGUGAGAUCACCUACAACGACCAGGGCGCUGGCUUCACCGUUGCCAAGCACGGUGAUUCCCCAACCAUCCAGACCAAGGACUACUUCUUCUUCGGCACUGCCGAGGUCAAGAUGCAGGCCGCUCCCGGUACCGGCAUUGUCAGCAGCAUUGUGCUCGAGUCUGAUGACUUGGACGAAAUCGACUGGGAGGCCCUUGGUGGUCAGACUACCACCAUUGAGACCAACUACUUUGGCAAAGGAAACACCGAGACUUACGACCGUGCUACCUACCCCAACGUCGACUCGCCCCAGACCCAGACUCACACCUACACCAUCGACUGGCAAAAGGACGCCAUCACCUGGUCCGUUGAUGGCAGCGUUGUUCGCACCCUCACCGCCGCCGCUGCUGGUGACUACUUCCCUCAGACUCCCAUGACCCUGAGAAUCGGUAUCUGGGCUGGUGGUGACCCUACCGAGCCCGAGGGCACUAUCGAAUGGGCUGGCGGUGUCACCGACUUCACCAAGGGUCCCUUCACCAUGUACAUUGAGUCUGUCACCAUCAAGAACGCCAACCCUGGAUCUUCCUACACCUACGGUGACAACAGCGGUUCCGCCGACAGCAUCAAGAUUAGCGGUGCUGGCUCUCCCGACACCACUACUACCUCUGCUCACCACACUACCACUACUGUUCCUCACACCACCACCACCAGUGUGCACACUACCACCACCGAGCCUGGCACCACUACCAAGCCCACCACUACCACCGGCGCCGGCAGCACUGGCACUGAAACUGGAACUGGAACUGCCACUGGCACUCCCACUGGCACUGCUACCGCCCCUGGUGGCGGUUCUACCGGCGGCUCGACCUCCACCUUUACCACUGCUGUUACCACUCCCAGCUCUACUGCUGUUCCCGGUGGCCCUACUACUCCUGGUGCCUCUGGCACCCCGGGCACCCCGACCAGCUCCACUGCCCCAGCUCCCACCAACGGUGCCGUCUCUAGCAUCAGCACCUCUGGCUCCGUCGUCGCCCUUUACGGCUUCGUCGCUGCCAUUGUUGCUUACGUUCUGUAG